UCGGAAAAUAAAUAGAAUAAAAAAAGACAAAACCAGUUCCGAUGCGAGCUUCGUUCGGUUAAUGCCUUUUCUCUUCGAGAUCAACCUCGACGCUGUCCGAAUCCAACAACUUCCUCCUAAAUCCACGUCCAAUCUCACCCACCCACCUUCUUUUCCUAACACGCAUCGUUAGCUAGGUGAUUGUAACGAAGUCGACGUAAAUUUGCAUGCAGUCUGGUGCGCUGUGGUGGAUACAUAUAUAUAUACAUACGUGAUGACCAUGAAGCGGUUGGUGAGAGUGAAGAGGGAUGCGGUUGCAGCAUGCAUGACUUGCCCUCUUUGCAACAACUUUCUCAAAGAGGCCACUGCCAUUUCUCUCUGCCUUCACACGUUUUGCAGGAAGUGCAUUUAUGAUAAAAUUACAGAUGAAGAAUUGGAGAACUGUCCAGUUUGUAACAUUGAUUUGGGCAUUGUUCCACUUGAGAAAAUGAGGCCAGAUAACAGCUUACAAGAUUUAAGGAACAAAAUUUUCCCUUUAAAUAAAAGAAAGGACAAGGAACCUGUAGCUGUCCCCUCUGUACUGUUACCAGCUAGAAGAAAGGAGAGAUCACUUUCAUCUUUGGUUGUCAGCACUCCAAGGGUAUCCACACAGUUAACCAUGACAGGAAGAAGAACAAAACCUACAAGAAAGGCUAGUGGCCUGCCAGGCUCUAGCUUCUCCAUUGAAAAGGUAAUUAAAAAAGAAGCGGAAUUACUGGAUGACCGCCAAGAUAGUUCAUGCUCACCUGACACUUCAAACAAGUCUGCUAAGAAUGUUGGACAGAGUUUGUCACCUUCUAAAAAUAGCCAAUCCAUAAGCAAUAGAGGACCACAGAAUGGUGCUGAACCACAAGAAGCAAAAUGGGAUCUUUGGAAAACUCUGAAUUAUUUAGCAGAGGCUGCUAGUAGGAGCAAGUCUUUUAAGUCUAAUGCGCAAGCGUCUGAUGCUAAUCUAGAAUCCAUGAAAGUGACUGACAGUGAUUCUAAAGUGCUGAAAGCAAAAAUUAAGGAAAAUAAGCGCAAGGCAAAAGUUGAUGAUGAAAAGAUUAGCACUGAUCAUGUCUCUUCAGAUACAGCAAAACCACACAAAUUGCGGAGAGUACGCCCAAAAAAGGAACCUGUUUUUGGAGAAUCAAGAAUAUCACCUCAGGCUGUUCUGGAUGCUACUGGCAAUAAUCUCUUGUGGAACAAUUCAAUUUGGUUCUCCUUAGCAGCUUCCGAAAACCAGGAAGGGGAUGCACCUUUACCCCAAAUUCCUUCGAGUUAUGUAAGAAUAAAGGACGGAGGGAUACCAGUCUCAUUUAUCCAAAAGUUAUUAAUGAAGAAACUAGGCCUGAAAAGUGAGGAUGAGGUUGAGAUUAAAUGCAUGGGACAUCCAGUGCUUCCUUCACUACAGGUACAAAAUUUGGUUGAACUGUGGCUUGAUACGGCGUCUACAGGACACAGAAUUCCUGCAACCAUUGGAUCCUCAGGGAAAGAUUUUGUCAUGAUCCUAACCUAUGGCCGGAAGGUCUCACAGCCUUGAUCAUGGUUCCAAAUUAUGGCCCUUUUCACAUUUUUAUUAUAGCUUGAAAAAUCAAGAACCUCACAGAAUAAUUGCUUCCUCAUCAGUCAUCAGCAUGUAUAUUCAACAAGAAUUCUUCUGUCACUGAGUUGCCAAUAGCCGCGAUGUUAUGAAGGAUAAGAUAGGUUGAAUAAAUUGAAGAAAUCUCGUCUCCUGGUAGUCUGUUAAAUGUAGAGUAGCAUGCUGUUCUGCUGGUCAUUGUAGUGAUCAUUGGUUUCUGAUUUUUCGAGAGCAUGCCUUUUGUUUUCAAGCUAGUUGCGACAAAUGGUUUCUUGGAUAUUUGACAUUUCAAUUUAGAUUGUCUUUUCCUACUAUUUUCAUUCGGUUUGUAUGAAUUACUAUUUCUGCAAGCAAAUGAAUAGCAGAAAAUCACAUUAGAUCUUGAAUCUUCCUGUUAAAAAAAAAUGAUAGGUACUACCGUAUAAGUUUGUAUGCAAGAACCAACCAUGUUGGGCUGUGACACGAAUACAGAUAGAAACAAGUUUCUUUUA